UAAACUUUUUAAAAUUGUAGGCUUCUACCUCAGUGGAUUAGAGUGAAUGGGCAUCUCAGUUGGAGUAGAGAAGGGGGUCUUACUGGAAGGUAAAAUGAAAACGGCCCGUCAAAAUUUCAGAUCUAAGAUUUCAGAGAACGACAAAGGCAUUUUUGAUGAAAUCCUAGCGGGGCGUCUUGAUUUCCAAAGCUCUCCCUGGCCUUCAAUAUCGUCUGGUGCAAAGGAUCUUGUUAGGAAAAUGUUAACAAUGGAUCCUCGGAAAAGGAUCACCUCUGCCGAAGCCCUUGAACAUCAAUGGCUCAAGGAAGGUGGUGAAGCAUCAGAUACGCCUAUUGACAGUGUUGUGCAAAUAAGGAUGAAGCAAUUUAGAGCAAUGAACAAGCUGAAAAAGCUGGCUUUAAAGGUUAUUGCAGAAAACCUUUCAGAAGAAGAAAUCAAGGGGUUGAGACAAAUGUUCAACAACAUGGACAGGGAUAGAAGUGGUACCAUUACUUAUGAAGAGCUCAAAACUAGGUUAUCUAGGUUGGGAUCCAAGCUUUCAGAAGAAGAAAUACAAGAAUUGAUGGAAGCUAUAAGCAACCCGCGACUAUAGAGGAGGUUCCUUGUGUUAACUCACACAUGGGGAACCAAAGGCUAAUUUUCCAUUUACUAAAAUAAUAGAUGAAUGUUGACUUGAACUCUAAGUUGAUGGUGGAUUGUAGUAAACCUGGCUAUGAAGCUCUUACAAGCUACUUCGAUUAUGGACUUCGCCAAUUAAUGCAAACAUGAUACUCAUUGUAUAUCGGCACAGGGUCUAUCUUAGCAUUUGUUAUCCCUGACAUUUUGGUUCUACAUAUUAAAGCCUAAUUAGGAUUUGAUUUGAGUAUCUUUGUGCUUUGUACUGUUGAUAGUAUUGGUUGUAAUAUAUUGUUGCUCGUUUUGUAUUUGUA